AAAUUUGGUAAAAAUGGCAACUUUAAAGGCGGUUGCUAUGGUGUUCUGGAUGGUUGGCCAUUUGUUGCUAAGGCCUUUAAAGUGUUUGUUGUGGGUGGCUGUUUGUUGCUAAGAUUUUCAAAGUGGUUGCUAUGAUGUUCCACGUAAUUAAUGGUUUGCUGCUAAAAUUUUCAAGGUGAAGAUAUAAACCCUGAAAAUGGAUCCACAGGUACUUUUUUAGGGUAGAAGUACCAAAGUUGACAUGAAAUUUUAACUCUCAUUUAAUAAAGCUAUUUUCCUGAUGUUAGAGGCCUUGAAAGUUGGUAAAAUAUCGAUUAAAGACUAUUUUUAGAAAAAAAUAUGCAUCUAUCCAGAUAUAUACAUUAACAGGAACUUUCUGGAGCCACAAUACCAGAUUUGUUGGAAAACUCUGCACAUUUUCUCAUUUUCAAAAGCCAAUGAGCCAAGAUCCGUUCAAUCAUUCACUCAUUCUGUCUGUAUUGAACCCUAAAAGUGGAUUCACACGUUUAUAUUGAGUGUGAAAAUACAAAACUUCCCAGGUGGUGAGAACAUAUGAAAUUUUCAAAAAUGUACAAAAUAUUGUCCUGAAUUCAGCUUUAGGUCCAAAAUGGUAACUGAUUAAACUCUGAAGAAAACCUGCUAUGGUGGAGCAACACUAGAAAUAUUUAAGCUUAAUUAAAUGAGUCCCUGGAUCCCACAUGACGACGCUUUGGUUUAAUUUUUUUAAUUGUGUUAAAUUCAGUUUUAAUUUGCUUUUUGUGUUGUAUUGGUUUCAUUUCAUUAAACUUUAUUACUUUUUUCUUCGUUAUGUUAGCGACUGUGCAGGAGUGACUCCCUUGUAACAGGAGGAAAUCUCCAGCAGAACCAGGCUAGGGGAAGGCAGCCGUCUGCCUCGACCGGUUCAGGUCUUCAUCUGCACUCCACAGUCAAUAUGUCCAUAGACUCCUCCCUUGUCUCUCACUUUUGCAAGAACUCCACAGCUGCUUUUUUUGUCACCUUUGCCUAUAAUGCCACCAGAUUCCUCCUCCUCUUACCUCUCUCCAUCUUCAUCCUCUACCUCGGCUACCAGCGAUGGCGGCGGCAGCGCUCCUUCAAAUCGACAAGCCACUCUGACGUCUUCACCUUCCACAAUGCCGCCCUGCAGCUGAUCGGAGUCUUGGGGGCGUUACUAUUCUUGUUCGGCCACUACUUUGACCUCCGAGUUCUGAGGAACGUGGGGUUCCUUUGCACCAGCACCCUGUACCUGGGAGAAAAUUACUUCCACAUCCUCACCUGUGUUGAGCGCUACCUGGCCGUCAUCCACCCGGUCACCUACAUGGGGCUGAGAAACAGCCGUGGGGUCUGGAUCAGGAACAUCUGUAUUGCUGUUGCUUGGCUGCAGACCUUCAUCUGGAGUUGUGCAUUUAGACUAUUUCCCACUUUUCCCCUCAUCCCAUUUCUCAUCCAGUUUGUCGCCUCCUCUGUCAUUAUCACUUCCUGUAGCCUCUGUGUUCUCUGUGCUCUGAUUCGUCCAGGACCGGGGGAAGGAGGCAGGGACAGGGAGCAUGUUGACCAAUCAAAGCAGAGGGCUUUCUACACCAUUACGGCCAUACUGGCAGUGCUGUGGUUGUGGUUUGUCGGGUUCACAAUUAGUAAAGCUGUGGGCGACUCGCCAGUCUUGAAUUCCAACUGUGCGCUGAGGAGUUCAGGUUACUGGUUCAGUCUGCCCAGCAGUGUGGUGUUACCCCUGCUAUACCUGCACAGGACAGGAAAACUACCAUGCUUCCAUGGUAACAGCAGAUAAAGAUAUCAACUGAGCGUCUAGACAAAAUUAAUUUUCUUAGUGGAUUAAGAGUACUUUGGUCAGGUGUCAGAUUGCACAAGUUAGUUGUCAAGUUUUGCUGUCAAACAAAUCAGGGCACAAUUUGAUUUUGUUUUUCCAAAUAAAAAAUUUAUAAAUAGACAUAAUGCGAAACAGUUGCUAAUUUACUGGGAAAAUAAACGUAAUUGUUUAAUAUCUCACAGUGUAAAUUACAUCGACCACUGGAUUGGCCAAAGUGUUGCCUUACGUUUUUGGAGUGGUAGCGAAGAUGUUCCUUGUUUGUUCCUAAUAUUGUCAGGGUGGUGCUCAGGGGGUUUGAAGGUGGUUGCUAUAGCAUUGUGGGUAGUUGCUAAAGCUUCAAAGAUGGUUGCUAUGCUGCUCAGAGCAUUUGGUAGUUUGUUGCUAAGGGUUUCACGGUAGUUUGUACGAUGGUCAUUUAUUUAUUUAUUGCUUAGGUUUUGAAAGUGGUUGCUAUUGCUAAGGUGCUCAAGGUUGUGGUGUGUUCGUCGCUAGAGGCUUUGAAGAUGGUAGCUAUGGUGUUCUGAAUGAUGGCUUGUUAGUUGCUAAGGCUUUAAAGCUGAUUGCUGUCUGUUCUGGGUGGUCUCUUGUUUAUUGCUAAGGCUUUUAAGACAGUUGCUACGGUGUUAUAGGCAAUGUUUUUUUUUUGCUAAGGUAGUUGCUAUGGUGUGCUAGGUGGUUGCUCGUUUGUUGCUUACACUUUUAGGGUCAUUGCUAUGGUGUUGUGGGUGGUUACUCAUUUUGUUACUCAGAAUUUUAAGGUGGUUGCUACGGUGUUCUUCCUGUUUUUACACGGUUGUUUUUUAGGCUUUUCAGAGUGGUUGCUGUGGUGUUCUGGAUGGUUGGCCAUUUGUUGCUAAGGCCUUUAAGGUGUUUAUUGUGGUGUUGUGGGUGGUUGUUUGUUGCUAGGAUUUUCAAAGUGGUUGCUAUGGUGUGCAUUAUAGUUGUUCAUUGCUAAAGAUUUGAAGGUGGUUGCUACGGUGCUCUUCCUGUUUUUACAAGGUUGAUUGGUAGGCCUUUCAAAGUGUUUGCCACUGGGUUCUGGGUAUUUGCCCAUUUGUUGUUAAGACUUUAAAGGUGGUUGCUAUGGUGUUCUGGAUGGUUGGCCAUUUGUUGCUAAGGCCUUUAAGGCAUUUGUUGUGGUUGGUUGUUUGUUGCUAAAACUUUCAAAGUGGUUGUUCCGUGUAAUUAAUGGUUUGCAGCCAAAGUUUUUAAGGUGGUUGUCAGGUGUUGCUUUGACUUAUGAUGUGGUUGCUAAGGUUCAUCUUAGGCUUGUUGCGGUAGCUGAUAGUCAGUACUUUCUGGUUGCUAGUAGGUUUGUAACCAACAGAUUAUUCUAAAAUAACAUCAAAUAGUGAAUAAAAACAUUUAGAAAAAAAUAGCUCAUGUCAGUUGAUUUCAAUAAAUAUAUAUAAGCUUGUAUGUGAUGUAUGUGGUUGCUAUGGAGUUGCUAGGUGACUGACAGGACAUAUUUUCUAGUUAGAAGUUGUUAGUGAGUAGAUUCUGGUUGGUCGUCAGACGUUUUUAUUUUUCAUUUCAACUAAUCGAUUAAUUGUGUUUGAUAUUAUAUUUUUUUCACUUUAUAAACGUCUAAAACCUAGACAUAUUCUGAAGAAUGUUUGCAAUUUUCUUCAAGUAAUUAUUCAGUUAAUGAAAUAGCUGUAGAUUAAGGGUUUGUUUUGCCAGACCAGUGGAAAUAGAUUUUUUUUAGUGUUUAAAUAUGUCUUCAAACCCAGUACUACCAAUGUGAUAAAGCUGUAUUUUAAUUUAAUCAAAUGAGGUAAUAAAUACGACAAUAACUGCUUUCAGCUGUGCUUUGUACAUUUGUGUGAUCUCUAUAGACUUGUAGUUUAACAUACCUGUUUGACUGUCCUCUGACCUCACAACUCAGCGUUUUAAUGGGAAAACUCAUUUGCUUGCUUUCAUUUAUCGGGAAAAAUUGCUUAAAACUUGCAGACACACAUUUCUAUAUUCCAGUUUGAGACAGGAGUGAAGAGCAGUCAGAAGGACCCAAAAGGGGAGUUCUCUGCAUCAGUUUAUUUCAUUAUUUAAUAAGACUUCUUUAUUUUAAGACAUUAUCACCUCACAUUUACAUUUGUUCAUGAAUGCAAGAAAGUAAUAUAAAGAUACAAUAAAAGACUUGUACAUAGUAAAAUAUAGGUGAAAUUCACAUCAUGAUGCCACCACCACCAUGCUUCACAUCAUGAUACUACCACCACCAUGCUUCUGGUCUUCAUGCUGCCAGCACUACAAUUCACCUCCCUCACUGAUCUCUUUCUUGUAACUCCUUCAGAGGAGUCAUAGUUGUCUUGGUGGCCUCCCUCACUCGUCUAUUUUUUCUCGGUCUCAGUUUUUGAGGACAUUCUGCUUUAGUCAGAUUCAUUCAUGUUCCAUCUUCCUUCCAUUUCUUAAUGAUGGAUUUAACUGGACUCCAAAAGAUAUUUAGGAACUUCUUGUAUCGUCCUGACUGAUGCUUUCCAACAAUAUUUUCUUAGAGUUUCAAGGAGUGUUCUUUAGUCUUCAUGGUGUAGUUCUAUCCAGGAGAACUGAUCUACCAGAGACUGGACCUUCCAGAUCCAGGAGUUUUAUAAUGCAAUCGCUGAGACACAUUCACUGACCUCAGAUCAUUUUCAUUUUACUAACUGUGGGACUUCUAGCACCAGCUGAGUUCAGUUAGAUGAGUUACAUUAAAGGUCAAUAAAUUAAAUGAAUUUAACUCAUGAUCUUGCUGUGACAGUUUCAUGCACAGGUGUGACAUAAAACUGAGACAAAUGCAAAACAGAAGUAAUGUCAUGUUUCCCAGAGCCAGUAGCAGCUUGUGGUUAGGCAAAUGGCUGAAUAAAUCAUCUUUCCUGACUGCAUAUUGUGUAAUGAUGUGCACUUGGGAACGUGUCACAUCAGAUUUGGUUCAAAGCAGUAAAAAGUGUGUUUGUAGUUAAGGAAAAUGUCUGAAAAUUAAAACGAAUAGCCCCUGAAACUGAAUGAAAUACAACAAAUAAAAGUAAAAACACAAUAAAAUAUGAUGAAAAGAGAAAAGUCAGAGCAGCCGGAGCAAAUAAAUCCUUCAGCUCACAUUAAUUACAGAUUUAUUUGUUGUUGUCAUGUUGUGUUUGCAAGUGGGGGGAAAAUCAACAGUGGAAUUGUGGCUUCUUGACAUGUUCAAAGACAAGAAAUGCAUGGAAUCUGCCAGUAAUUUUAUUUUUUCAAAUCACCAGUUAAAUGACACACUUCACACAUCCACAUGAUGUCCCAUGUUAUAGUUUAGAUACCACCACAAACACCCAUAAAGAAAAGUGUAGGUCAAAAUGUAAAUAAUUUAAUUUUGGGGGAACUUAAAUUAUUUUUUUUUGAUGAUUUCACAUACCAGUACACCAUAAUUAUUUUUUUGAACAUUUCACAUUUGAAUUUUGACAGUUUACAUAACAAUCACAAUUCACAUCUGGGAUUAGAUGGAUUAAAUCACUAUUCAUCGU